AUGAAUAAAAUACAGAUAUUAAAGUAUAACGGAGGUAAAGGGGGUUGGUCUAAACAUGUCGACAUUGGUACAUUUGAAGGUCAAAAGGUGGUCAUUCAAAAGUUGAGACCUAUACAAAGAUCAGGAGAUCAACACCUUAGAUUGGCCAAGUUUUUGAAAAAUCUACUGAUAAGUGAUCAAUUGGACCAUCCCUCGAUAGUUAAAGUAUUAGGAUACUGCUUUCGACAUACGAAAGAUGAAGCCGGUUACGAAUACAAUUCUUAUUUUGGAGAUGUGUCUGUAGUUUAUGAAUAUGGUGGUAUAGGGUUAGACCUAAAUACAUUGAAUCUUACAAUAGCAGAGAGACUGAAUCAUGCUGCUGACCUUGCUAGUUUGUUGUCCUACCUGCAUUAUUCACCUUUGGGUUCUUUGACAGAUUUUGACAUCAAGCCCGAACAUUUUAAAAUGGCGAAUGGUAAAAUAAAACUGAUUGAUUUGGAUCAUAUGAACAAUGUUGAACCAACAUGCUCUUUGACAUUGUCUACCUCACAUAAAAAUUUCAAGCCGUGUCCUUUCAACAUCAGUUGUCAAGAACUUACUGAAAUUGAAAUGCGGUAUACCACGUGUCAAACAGUCAAGUGUGAUGUUGGGGUCUGUAGAGGUACAAAUGUAAAAUAUAAUCUACAAAAAAUAAACACUAUCUUCUUCCAGGUUUUGUUAAAACCGAAGUUUUUCCCAAAUGAAUUGAAGUACUCGUUAUCCAGGUUAUUGACACAAUUGAAUAAGACUGAUAUUGGUGUUGAUGAUUUAGAAAAAGAAAUUAGGAACAUAACACUCGCUUAUACAAAAUUAAAGACGUAG